GAAAACCAUCAUGAGCUCCCAUUUAAUGCUGACAUAAUCGAAGCUCCGCAGUUUAUAUCUAAAGUAGGUAGGGCUCCGUCUGCUUGUGUAUUGACACCGUCAUUAUCUUUAGCUCUGCGCGCACCGCAGACAGCGAGAGAGAGUGCGCCAGGCUAGGGAGAGAGCGAUUGUGACUCAAGCUCUGCGAAUUCAGAUAGUCUACUACAACUAUGAAUGCAUUGUGAGUGGCUUGUGGGCAACAGAAGCAGACCUUUAUUUGUCAUUUGUUUCUUUUUUCGUCGCCAAUGCAAAAGGAAAUAUGCAGCGACGACUUACCUCGGUCUUUGUUAGUUUUUGUGUUGGGUUUUGCGCUGGUUCAAGUUUCCCAAGUAAUAUAAAUAUAGGGGGAUUGUUCCCAAACGGCUCCCACGAAUAUGAGGUUUUUCGGUUUGCACUCUCUCAUCACCAGGAUAUCCCCAAACUGGUACCACAAGUGGACAUGGUCGACACAGCAAGCAGCUUUGCUAUGACAUAUGCAUUUUGUUCACAGUUUUCCAAAGGAGUCUAUGCCAUCAUUGGAUUGUAUGACAGGAAGACCAUGAACAUGCUCAUGUCGUUCUGCGGGGCUCUCCACGUCUGCUUUGUGACACCCAGUUUCCCAAUUGAAACCAACAACCAGUUUGUGAUCCAGCUGAGACCGGAGCUUCAGGAGCCCCUCAUUGCCCUGAUUCAUCACUACAAAUGGACCAAGUUUGUCUACAUGUAUAGCUCUCAUUCAGGCCUGACAGUGCUGCAGAAGAUUCUGGAUACAGCAGCAGAGAGGACAUGGCAGGUGACAUCAGUGAACCUGGACAGUGGUAUGGAUCAGGUGGCCUUCCUGAAGGUGGUUCAGGACCUAGAGAAGAAGAAGGAGUACAACAUCAUCCUGGACUGUGAGCUGGAGAGACUCAACUUGAUCCUCAACCUGAUCGCUGCUCAGAAGAAGAACCUAAAGAAUUACCACUACAUAUUGGCAAACCUGGGAUUUUUGGACAUGAACUUCACUGAGUUCCAGAAGAGUGGUGCCAACAUCACCGGGUUCCAACUAAUGAACUACUCAGACGAAAAUGUCAGCAAGGUCAUAGAGGAGUGGGUGGACUUUGACAGCAAAGACCUUAAGCUACCCAAGAGAAGACUGAAGUACACAGGAGCCCUCACAUACGACGGAGUGAGCGUCAUGGCAACCGCCUUUCAGAACCUCCGGAAGCAACGUAUUGACAUCUCCCGGCGAGGCAACGCUGGCGAGUGUCUGGCCAACCCACCAGCUCCCUGGGGCCAGGGUAUCGACAUCCAGAGAGCCCUACAGCAGGUUCGAAUUGAGGGCUUGACUGGACAUGUCCAGUUUAACGAGAAAGGCCAUCGGACCAACUACACGGUCAGCGUCAUGGAGCUGAGCCCGAGUGGACCGCUGAAGGUGGGCUACUGGAACGAGAAUGAGAACUAUGUGAACACAGCGGUAUACACGCCGGUGGUUGAAGAGUUCUUCGGACUGCAAAACAGGACCUACAUAGUGACCAGUAUCCUUGAAUCUCCAUAUGUGAUGCUGAAGAAAAAUCAUGAGCAGCUGGUGGGGAACGAUAAGUAUGAGGGCUAUUGUGUGGAGCUGGCCGCCGAGAUCGCCAAGCAUGUGGGCUAUACUUAUAAACUGGAGAUCGUAGGGGAUGGAAAGUACGGAGCCAGAGACGCUGAGUCCAAGAUGUGGAACGGGAUGGUGGGCGAGCUCGUUUAUGGGAAAGCAGAUGUAGCAGUAGCCCCGUUGACCAUCACUCUGGUGAGAGAGGAGGUGAUCGACUUCUCCAAGCCCUUCAUGUCCCUGGGCAUCUCCAUCAUGAUCAAGAAGCCCACCAAGUCAAAACCAGGUGUCUUCUCCUUCCUCGACCCACUGGCCUACGAGAUCUGGAUGUGCAUCGUGUUUGCCUACAUCGGUGUGAGCGUGGUUCUCUUCCUGGUCAGCCGCUUCAGUCCGUACGAGUGGCAGGGGGACGACUCAGAGGGAGAGGAGGGCCAGGAGCAGCAGCAGAGACAGCAGUCGUUCAGUCCCAGGAGAGAGCCAGGACAGUCCCAGUCCCAACUGGGCCAAAACCAGGGCCAAGGACAGGGCCAGUCCCAGUCCCAACCGGGCCAAAACCAGGGCCAAGGACAGGGCCAGAGCCAGAGUGAGGGGCACACCAAUGAGUUUGGGAUAUUCAACAGCUUGUGGUUCUCGCUGGGCGCCUUCAUGCAGCAGGGCUGUGACAUCUCGCCAAGGUCCCUCUCUGGUCGCAUUGUAGGGGGAGUGUGGUGGUUCUUCACCCUCAUCAUCAUCUCGUCCUACACGGCCAACCUGGCUGCUUUCCUCACCGUGGAGAGGAUGGUGUCGCCCAUAGAGAGUGCCGAGGACCUGGCCAAGCAGACAGAGAUCGCCUAUGGUACUCUAGACGGAGGCUCCACCAAAGAGUUCUUCAGGAGAUCGAAAAUAGCCGUAUUUGAGAAGAUGUGGUCCUACAUGAAGUCUGCCGACCCGUCAGUGUUCGUGAAGACCACAGACGAGGGCGUGGUGCGGGUCAGGAAGUCCAAAGGGAGGUAUGCCUACCUGCUGGAGUCCACCAUGAACGAGUACAUCGAGCAGAGAAAACCCUGUGACACCAUGAAGGUGGGAGGGAACCUGGACUCCAAGGGUUACGGAGUGGCCACGCCCAAGGGAUCGGCACUAAGAAACCCAGUAAACUUGGCAGUGUUAAAACUGAACGAGCAGGGCCUGUUGGACAAAUUGAAAAACAAAUGGUGGUACGACAAGGGAGAGUGCGGCAGCGGAGGAGGUGACUCCAAGGACAAGACCAGCGCUCUGAGCCUCAGCAAUGUGGCUGGGGUGUUCUACAUCCUGAUUGGAGGGCUGGGGCUGGCCAUGCUCGUGGCCUUGGUCGAGUUCUGUUACAAGUCCAGGAUCGAGUCGAGGAGGAUGAAGCAAAUCAUCGAUGCAGCCAUGCUGAGUUCCACCCUGGGCCGGAUGACCAGGACAGGGAGCGGGGGCGAGAAUGGACGAGUGGUCGCCCAUGACUUCCCCAAAGCGUCACAGACUCUCCCCUGCAUGAGCCAGGCCGCGGGCAUGUGAUGGGGCAGUCCUUCCUCUGCACAGACCCCACCAAAAAGAGGAAUGGAAAAGAGGAGGAGGGGGGGGGGGGGGGGGGUGAGUGUUGCACUGUGGCUUGACUACUGCCAAUAGGAUUCACUGACUGCUCUCUCUGAAGAUAGAAACAACAAACAAAAUCACUUUUGUAAAGAGAUGGUUUAUUUGGAUCUUUUCUGCUGCAAUAAAGAUGGCUGUCUUGGACUUUAAUAGAUGGCAUACUUUUGUGUAUCAAAAAGAAAACAAAAAGAGAAGUUCUUCCCCAACCCAAUUAAUAGUGACACUUUUUUUGCACUAUGUCAGUUUUUUCGGUCGACAAUUCAGUUUUUCCUGUCUACUACUAUCAUUAACAGUCAUGAACAGCUACAGUGGAGUCUGAAAUAAUUGAACCCCUUGAUAAAGAUGAGCAAUAACGUAUAAAAUAAAGAAUUCAAAUACUAAGCUAUAUUGUAUGCAACAAAAAGAAUGAGGAAAUGAUAUUAUUUUAUACUAAUAUCUUGGAGAAAGAGAUUCUGUUUGAUAAAUUAACUACUUUUUUCCUCAGAAAAGGGAAAAGGGUCAAACCGAUUGACACCCCGAAAGAUUCUUAUAAAUAAAGUAGUCAAAAGUUUAGUAUUUAGUCCCAUAUUCCUAGCACGCAAUGAUUACAUCAAGCUUGUAACUCUACAAACUUGUUGGAUGCAUUUGCAGUUAGUUUUGGUUGUGUUUUAGAUUAUUUUUGGCCCAAUAUAAAUGAAUGGUAAAUAAUGUAGUGUGUCAUUUUGGUGUCAUUUUUUUAUUAGAAAUAAGUAUAAAAUAUAUUUCUAAACACUUUUACAUUAAUGUGGAUGUUACCAUGAUUACAGAUAAUCCUGAAUGAAUCGUGAAUAAUGAGUUUAGAGGGUCAAAGAUCAUUCCCCAAAGCCACGAGGUUAGCAUGUUUUAGGGGUAUGACCUUUUGAGUAAACAAUAUAGCUCAGCAAUUCAAUUAUUUAUAUUAUACAGUCAUUAAUGCUUAGCUGUAUCAAGGGUGUCAAUCAUUUUGCCUUAUACUGAACAGUGAUUUUGUUCCUUGUGACACAAAAAAAUCAAGCAUUUCCAAUUCCAAACAUUUGACUUUCAACCUAUCUAUAGGUGCAUACAGUAUGUUGAAUAAAACUACUGCUGAAUGUUUUCACACAUCACAUAGGAAUGGAUGAUUUCUGUAUUGUUUCUCACAUGAGCCACUUUGUCAACGUCACUGCAUUGAAAUGUCAUUCCGAUUUACAGAUUUCCUCUCUAAUUAUAUAUAUAAUAUAUAUAUAUAUAUAUAUAUAAUAUUUCCUGCCCAACACCUGACAUGGAUAAUUAAUUUACAUUUUGAAAUUACUACAAAACUACACAGCUAUGACAUAUUUCAAAACCAUUUUCCCUAUUGUGUUCCCUUGUCAUGUAAAUAUGUUAUAAACCACCAGUUUGUAGGUCAUUACCAUUUAGAGGAGUGAGUCAUUUAGCAGACUCUCUGAUCCAGAGCCACUACAGUAGUGAGUCAUUUAACAGACUCUCUGAUCCAGAGCCACUACAGUAGUGAGUCAUUUAGCAGACUCUCUUAUCCAGAGCCACUACAGUAGUGAGUCAUUUAACAGACUCUCUGAUCCAGAGCCACUACAGUAGUGAGUCAUUUAACAGACUCUCUGAUCCAGAGCCACUACAGUAGUGAGUCAUUUAGAAGACGUUCUUAGCCAGAGCUACUACAGUAGUGAGUCAUUUAGCAGACGUUCUUAUUCAGAGAUACUACAGUAGUAAGUCAUUUAGCAGAUAAUCUUAUCCUUACAGUAGUGAGUGCAUUUUUGUACUUUUUUUCAUACUGGUCCGCAGUGGGAAUCGAACCCACAACCCUGGCGUUGCAAGCGCCAUGCUCUACCAACUGAGGAUUUAAAGGAUUUAAUUUAAAGGAUUUAACAGAGUACAGAUAGAACAGACAAUACCAUUUCUACCUGCUGUUUCAUUCCGCAUGUUUCCAUUAAUAUCUCAGAGAUGACGUAUGAGCCAUUGAUAAAGAUAAGGAACAUGUUCCAAUGGGAGUAGAACAUCUAGUGGUAUAAAAUCUUUGAUUUUUAUUUUUUGAUUUUUUUUAUUUAACCUUUAUUUAACUAGGCAAGUUAAGAACAAAUUCUUAUUUACAAUGAUGGCCUACCAAAAGGCAAAAAGGCCUCCUGCAGGGGAAGGGGGCUGGGAUUGAGAAAUAGAUUAAAAUAUAGGACAUGAAUGAGAUGACUAAUCGAGUUGCUUUAGCGUUGGAAAUGAGAUGGUAUGAGAGGAUGACACCAUUAGCCCACAAAUUAGGGUGUGCCAUUUUCCUUUUACUCUACAAAUCCACUGAUGAUUCAAGCUUGUUAACCUACACUGAUGUUUCAGGCUUGUUAACCUACAUUGAUGUUUCAGGUUCAGGCGUGUUAACCUACCAAUGACCUAACCUCAGCUAUCUAUCUUCAUGUGGAUGGCGUUUGUGAAAACAAAAAAAGGCAUAUGAUUUAACAACUUUUUUUUAGAUCUACAGUACAAAGACAGUACAAGCACAAGAACACUCUUAAAAUGUACACUGUACGGUGGUAUUUUUACUGUAACGUGUCAUAGUACUGUGAGGGACAGCAUCUCAUGGUCCGUUGAGCAGCCAUCCAUUGUAUGUCACUAUCCCAUCACCCAAUAUGUUACUGUACGACUCAGAGGGUCGUUCGUCUUCUAUUCAUUUUCUCCCUAUUUGUUAUCCUCUUUGGCAUAGCACAGUGUCACACAACUAAAACUUAUUUUGGUUUUGUACUGUACUUUAAUCAAUUUGUUUAAAAAAAAAAAAUAAUAAUAAUAAUAUCCACAUUUGUAUGGUAAGAAAUUUAAUGUAAGACACCCUGGUGUUGAAAUGAUGUUCCAUUCUGUUGACACGGUGCAGACAGUUUUGUUCAAAGCUUUUCUCAGUCCAAUAUAUUUUGUGCGUUUAUAGUGAGAUUACAUUUAUAUUGUCCUUUUAAAUAAUAUUUUGAUCUGGCACUACUUUGUUUAAUUUACUUCUCAAGGUGCAAGAGAAAAUCGACCUUAUGUCUUUGUGUGUUCACCUCUGUCUCAAGCGAUAUCUUUCGGGAAAAAGACUAAUGCACAAUUUAGAUUUCAAUAGGUGGGGAGAGAACUUGGUUGAGUAACAGUGCUCUCAAUAAAUUACAAACGUUUGUACCCACGU